AUGGUGCAGUAUACGCGCAGAGCAGAAGUGCAGCUCUCGCGUGGCGUUUCACAUGUGCCACUUCAGGUGAAGCAGGCACGAUGUGCGCGACUUCCUCAUAGAAGGCAGGCACGAAUAGUGCAGACCGCUACCUUCGAAUUUCCACUCUUUCCUCUCCUCCCACCAAACUCUUCAUUCAUCAUUGCACCCCCGAAUUCGCGAGCAGCAGGCAACGCCAUGGGGUCAAGCAGAGGCGACGCCUCGAUCCAGCAAUUCUUCCUGCCAACACCGAGCACAUCGCCCACCAAGAGGCCGGAGCCAGCUAGCGGAGAUGGCUUCACCGCCGAGGAGGUUCAAGAUGUCCUGGCACCAAAGCUCAGGGAGUGGUAUCCUGAGCAAGAGUACGAAGACUGCGAAAUAAGUGCUUUGGAGCCAGGACCCAGGGCUGUGACAUUUAUGGGUCGUGUCGGCAAUAUCUUUGAUGUCGCCAAUACGCAAAAGACUCCACGCUCAGCCAAAGGCUGCAUCAAGAUUUGCCUGAAGGAUGGCAUGGCUGCGAUCACGGUUCGCAUUUGGUAUGCAUCCCGUGUACCCAGUCUUCGCUUGGGCUCGCUUGUCAGCAUCUGGACAAGUCACAUUAGCAAUGGCGAAAACGGCACGCUCUCAAGCUCAAGCGCACCACUGUUCGCCUCUCUAUUUCCAGAGCGUGAUCGCAACUGUCACAUGAUGAUUCACGAGAAUAGCGAUGUGGGCACAUACAAGACACCUCUAGCAUAUCGCCCAGGCUUGCCAUUGAACGGCCUCAUGACUCUGCAAAACUUCAUCGAUGGCGGCUACGAUGUCGUCGAUGCCAAGGUCUUGGUGGUCGUGAAGAGCAUUGGUGCGAAGAAUAGAAUCCUGCUGACCUCCUCUGGAGUUACCCGCAAGGAUGAGUCAGUCACGGAGAACAUCAAUCUACAGGUCCAGGACGACACAGCCGAGGCCACGCUUGGCUUAUGGGGCACAGCCGCAGCCUCUCCCUUGGGCCUCGAGGCGGGCGUCACCAAGACUGGCUUGGAAGCAGUGAGUGCACGUCGGGGCUGGAAAGCUGGCGAAACAAUCCUCCUUAUCCAGGCACCUGGAUGGAAAAUCGGAAGAACGACAUAUCUAAGCCUCACGGCCGCCUCCAUCGUGGAUGUAAACCCGAGCCUUCCAGACACGGACUGGCUUCGACAUUGGUCAAUACGGCAACGCAGCAGAGAAGCCACCAACCCGGCAUUCCCAGAGGACACCUUCGACCUCGAUGCAGUAACAGCAGGCCCGAUUCGUUGCCUCUUUACACUCGCAGACCUUGACGAUUUCGCCCGUUGCGCACCCAGUGAGACCUUCCAAGGCUACCUGAGUCUGAUGAUCAUGGAAACGAAACUCCUCGGUAUCUGGAAACGUCAUCAGCUCUUGUCGGGCGAGUGCUGCAAUAUCCCUAUCUAUGCUAAUGCCCUGACAUCUGUAUGCAAAGGCUGCGACAAAGAAGUCGGCUUGAGGCUGAAUCCGAAGAUUCUUGGUCAAGUCAUGGACGAGACAGCCGUCAUAGCAUCUGGACGACUGCUGUUCUGUGAUGCCGCUUGGCGAGAGUUACUGGGCAGAGACACUCAGGAUCUACUGAAGCUGGGCGAAGACGAGAUGAAGUACUUGUCCGACAGGUUGCUGUUCUGCCGAAUCACUGUGAUGUUCGGCUGGACAAGCGACGAGACGAAGGCAGGAGGGCGAAUCUGUGUAAUGGGUAUCCGCAGCUGA